CAUCAAAACAAGUAGUUUGGAGUACAGCUUUGUUUGAGACAUGGGAGUAACGCUUUGUGAGGUGUGAUGAGAGUCAGUGAUGUCCGUUGCCAGGGUAUACAAUUUGCUGUUCAAGUGAAAAUAGUAUAAAAAUUAACGUGGAAAUGGAAGCGGAAUACCAAGCAAAGUUGAGCCCAACGAAGACAGUGUCAGCUGCACAUAAUGAUAACGAGGAUCCGUAUCCCAGUUUAUCAGAUUACCACGAUUAUGAACCAAAUUUGGAAUUUGAUGAUACUGAAUUGCAGCAUGCAACAGUCACAAGUGAUUUGGAGGAGAAGGUUGAAGCAACAGGAUUGGAUUACUUGGAAUCUCCUGUCUCUGAUGGAACAAUAGAAGAAAAUUUUGAAGAGGAACUUGUAAAUGCCCCUGUCAUUUCAACAGGUGUUGAUAGCCUGUCUUACCAUUUUCCUGAAGAUGAUGGUGAAGAGGAUGAUUUCAGUGAUGUUGCAAAUUAUGGAAUUGUUGAAGUUGCUGGGGAUGACACCUAUGGAAGAAAAGUGAUUGUUGUGUCUGCUUGCAAACUACCAUCAAAUAAGGAGAUUAAUCAUGAUCGUCUGUUAAGGUACCUGAUGUAUACAUUGGAUAAAUAUGUUGAGCAAGAUUACAGUCUUGUUUAUUUCCACUAUGGACUGACAAGUAAAAAUAAACCAUCACUGUCAUGGUUAUGGCAAGCGUAUAAGGCCUUUGAUCGGAAAUACAAGAAGAAUGUUAAGGCUCUGUAUCUAGUCCAUCCAACAAAUUUCAUCAGAGUAAUAUGGCAGAUAUUUCGUGCUGCUAUAAGUGUAAAGUUUGGCAGGAAAGUGAUGUAUGUCAAUUACUUACAUGAACUUAGUCAGCAUCUCCAUCUGGAUCAGAUAUGCAUCCCACAGGCUGUUUUAGACCAUGAUCAGCGAUUGCUUCAGAAAAACAGCCGAUCAAAUGUACCACAGCAGCCACAAGAGCAGCAACAGGCACAACAAGAAAAUAGUGGAAAUACCAGCGUGCCCCUUGAAACCCAACAGUUUGGUGUUUCUCUGCAGUUCAUAAAAGAUCACAAUAAUGCUGAUCCUAUACCACCUGUAAUGCGCCAGUGUGUAGAAUUCCUUAGUCAGCCAGAUGCAUUGGAGACUGAAGGAUUAUUCCGUAGAUCAUCAAGAAUCACUCAAGUUAAAGAAGUCCAGAAACGGUUCAACCAAGGCCUUCCAGUAGAUUUUCAGGGUGAUGUUCAUCUUGCGGCUGUUAUACUUAAAACAUUUCUCAGAGAGCUGGAGGAACCAUUGAUGACAUUUGAUCUGUAUGAUGAAAUCACACAGUUUCAGUGUAUAGCUAAGGAAGAAAGGCCACGCUAUGUAAAAAUUCUUAUAUUAGAGAAACUUCCGGAGGAUAAUUACCAAAUACUCAAAUAUCUUGUACAGUUCCUUUCAAAGGUUAUGGACAGAUGUGAUCUGAAUAAAAUGACAUCUUCAAAUUUAGCUGUUGUAUUCGGCCCAAACCUAGUAUGGGCUCAGACAGGACAGUUCUCACUCUCUGCCAUUGGGCCUAUCAAUAUGUUCACUGACUUUGUUCUCACAAACCAUGAACAAAUAUUCAUUAUUUAAUUACAAACUGAAGUAGAGUAUGUGCUCUUCCAUCAGUCGGAAUCAUAUAAUAUUUUUGAAAAAGAGAUUGUCAUCAUCUUAUCAAAGCUCAGGCUGGGUGUGAACUAAUAAUAGCUGGAUCAUAUUUUGUCUUACAUUAAAAGCCCCCAGCAAUAUUUUCUCACAGCUCAGUGAACACUUUUUUCUGUGAGACUAUAAAAGGUCAAAUGAAUAUUUUCAGCAAGCACAAAUCAUGCUAUGGUAUUGUAAUGUAAAGAGGCAUUUUAGCAAAAAUGUUUUCUAUGUUUCAUGAAAAAGUGAAAAAUGUACAUGAACAUUUUAGCAAAAAAAAGUUUUUAUAUUUUGGGGUAGUUGAAGGCAAACUGAAAUACCAAAGAAAUGAGGCAGUUUAGCAGCAUAACUUUGUGCUUUGCUAAAUUGAGAUACGAAGAUUUUAUAUUAAAAAGAACUGAAAGUAGUACAGGCAAAAAGAAUUGUAACUUAAUAUUUGUAAAUAUUGUGAAAGAUAUUAUAUGUUCAUUUAUUUAACAGUAGACCUCUUGUGGUAGUCAGCACUGCAAAGCUAAUUACAUUAUGUACAAACUCGAACAAAAAGUGAGGAGGACACACAUGAAGUGGUUGUCAUUUGGCCAGACUAUUGUUUGUAUCAGUGUGAUUCAAGGCGGAGAAUACUUAACUCUAGUCAUUAGCUGUGUUCAAUGUAUAUGUUGAAUCAGAUAAAUAAUGGUCUCAUGCUUGUUAUUCCAACCUAUGUUCAACGAAUUAUUUCCUUUUUGGGAAUAUAUGUUAAUCUGAAGGAAGCUCCUUUUAACAUUUUGAUUCAAAAGUGUUGUUCUUUAUAAUUUCUUGUCGUAAGUUUUUGUUAGAUUUUCAAAUGCAUAAUUGAUGGUAUACAUUUACUUAUACAUGAAUGCUAUUUCUCAUGGUUUGGCAUGUAAAUUUGGUACAUGCCCCCCAUCUUAUUAUCCAUAUAGUGUUUUGUCAUAUGUAAGUUUUCUAAUUCCCUACUUACAAUAAUUCUGCUACUUAAGAGGAUUAAGAUGAAACAUUUAUGAAUUUUGUUUCAUAUGAAGAAUAAUAUCUGUGUCACCACAUAGUGUGGUCUAUGAAUUAAUCAUUUGGGAUAUAACUAAAUUUGAGCAUUAUUCACACUCCAGUUAUGUGUGAAUUGUAAUUCCCCUUUGAUACUGGUACAGGCUCAAACUAGCAACCAAAAUUUAACUCUUGUAGCAGGCAUAAUUAUUAACGUAAUUUUUAAAUAUUUGUCUGUUUUAUAUAUGCUAUUGAAUAAUGCAACACUGAAAUUGUAUUUUUGUAUUGCAUGGUGAGAUAAAAACAAUAAGAAUUUAUCAUCACUGAAAGAAAAGUAGGCCUAUCUCUUAAAAAUCAGUGUCUGUUCAUGAAAUUGUCAGUGACAGAUGUACUGUAUGAUUUUUUCAGUAUAAGUAGUAAAUGCAGUGCAUGAAUGUUACUUGCCUUGCAUAUAAAUUAUUUGUAUUACGUUUAUAAAUUAGUUUAAUACGCACAUUUAAUAUGUAAACAGCAGCAGUUCAUUUCUUCUUGUUCCUUUCUUUUUGUUUUUGCAGGAAGAAGAAAUAAGCCUUUCAGACACUGCAAUUGUGUUAAUUACUGUAGAGUAAUUAAUAUUGUCAAUAUUCACUGCUAAAGUGGUCAUAACUUAGUCAAUAUUAUUAUUUCUUGAACAUUCAUUAAGUGAUCUGAUAUAUAAUAAUAUAUUUUUAUACUUACGUUUCUUUGACCAUUUUGUUUUAAUUUUUUGCAGAGAAAAAAUGUGUUUUAUAUACUAUAUUGAAUUGUAUUUAUCUUAACUUACCUGUAUCACAGAGACCUUGCAUUGAAGGUUAUGGAAUGGACAGAGCAUUCAUUUUGUGUAUUGUUUAAUAGAGAGCUUGUCAGAAACCACAUUUCACUCAGGGAGGAGAGAUUUUAAGAAGGCUUUCAUAGGUAUGGACUGUUUGGAAUAAUGAGGGAUUCGAAUUCCUUAUCUAUGUAUGACAUGGAGGGAGUUUCCUUGAGGCAACUAAUAUUCUGCUUCCAGUAUCAAUGAGAUUGUUAAAUUGAGCAUGUUGGGGUGGUGGCAGUAGCACUAAUAGUAGUGAAUGAGUGAAGAGCAAGUGAUCCAAC